AUGGCUCCUGUCGCCGACGUCAAGUCCAACGCCAAACAGACUCGCUUCGUUGAUCAACUCAACGCCGAGCUCGCUCCCGUCCACGAGGAGGCCAUCUCCUCCGACAACCUCGAGGCCAGCGGCUACGAUGAGGUAGAGCGCUCCACCUCGCUCUGGGCCGGCUCCAUGCCCGCUGCCCAGGGCCUUUACGACCCGGACAACGAGAAGGACGCCUGCGGUGUCGGCUUCAUGUGCCAGAUCAAGGGAAAGCCCGCCCACAAGAUCGUCUCCGACGCACGCUUCCUCCUCUGCAACAUGACCCACCGUGGUGCCGUCGGUGCCGACGCUCGCGACGGUGACGGCGCCGGUGUCAUGACCGGCAUCCCCGACACCUUCUUCCGCCGCGAGUCCGAGCGCGACCUCGGCGUCAAGCUCCCCCCUCAGGGACAGUAUGCCGUCGGCAACCUCUUCUUCAACCCCAAGGACGACAAGGCGCGCGCAGAGCACGUCCAGACCUUCACCGACAUCGCCGACAAGCUCGGCUUGCGCGUCCUCGGCUGGCGUGACGUCCCCGUCGACAACUCCAUCCUCGGCCCUGCCUCCAAGUCCAAGGAGCCCAAGAUCAUGCAGCCCUUCGUCGUCCUCAAGGACCACUACGGCUCCGGCUCCGCCCCCGCCGACGCCGCCAAGACCUUCGACGAGCAGUACUUUGGCCGUCAGCUCUACGUCCUCCGCAAGCACGCCACCCACACCAUCGGUCUCCAGAACUGGUUCUACAUCUGCUCGCUCAGCCCUACCAACAUCAUCUACAAGGGUCAGCUCAGCCCCGUCCAGGUGUACAACUACUACUACGACCUCAACAACGUCCACUACGCCUCCCACUUUGCCCUCGUCCACUCGCGAUUCUCCACCAACACCUUCCCCUCCUGGGACCGUGCCCAGCCCAUGCGAUGGGCCGCCCACAACGGUGAGAUCAACACCAUCCGCGGCAACAAGAACUGGAUGCGUGCUCGCGAGGGCCUCCUCAAGUCCGAGACCUUUGGCGACGAGCUCGACCUCCUCUACCCCAUCAUCGAGGGCGGCGGAUCCGACUCGGCUGCCUUCGACAACGUGCUCGAGCUCCUCGUCAUCAACAAGGUCCUCACCUUGCCCCAGGCCGUCAUGAUGAUGAUCCCCGAGGCUUGGCAGGGCGCCAGCAGCCACAUGGAGCCCGAGAAGGUCGCCUUCUACCGAUGGGCCGCCUGUCUCAUGGAGCCUUGGGACGGUCCCGCGCUCUUCACCUUCGCCGACGGUCGCUACUGCGGUGCCAACCUCGACCGCAACGGUCUCCGUCCUUGCCGUUACUACAUCACCGACGACGACAUCAUGAUCUGCGCCUCCGAGGUCGGCACCGUCACCAUCGACCCCAAGACCGUCAUCGCCAAGGGCCGUCUCCAGCCCGGUAAGAUGCUCCUUGUCGACACUGUCGAGGGUCGCGUGGUCGAGGACCGCGAGCUCAAGAUGAGCACUGCUCAGCGUGCCGACUUCGCCGCCUGGCUCGAGAACCAGAUGCUCCGCCUGCCCGAGAUCGUCGACACCGUUCGUCGCAACACCGGCAACGCCAUCGCUCCCGUUCUCGACCAGGAGCGUCUCAGCACCGACCCCAAGCUCCUCGCCUUCGGUUACACCGCCGAGCAGAUCAACCUGCUCAUGCUUCCCAUGGUUGCCGACGGUAAGGAGGCGCUCGGUUCGAUGGGUAACGAUGCUCCGCUCGCCUGCAUCUCCACCGCUCCCCGUGUCAUCUACGACUACUUCCGUCAGCUCUUCGCCCAGGUCACCAACCCUCCCAUCGACCCCAUCCGCGAGUCGGUCGUCAUGUCGCUCGAGCAGUACGUCGGUCCCGAGGGCAACCUGCUCGAGAUGAAGCCCGAGCAGUGCCACCGUCUGCUCCUCCCUUCGCCCAUCCUCAGCGUCGACGAGCUCAACGCCAUCAAGCAGAUCGACUCGGUCCACUCCGACUGGACUGCCAAGACCAUCGACAUCACCUACGACAAGGGUGAGGGCAUCAUCGGCUACGAGGCCACCCUCGACCGCAUCUGCUCCGAGACCUCGCAGGCCAUCCGCGACGGCUACCGCGUCGUCAUCCUCUCCGACCGCGCCGUCGGCACCGACCGCGUCGCCAUCUCCUCGCUCGUCGCCUGCGGUGGUGUUCACCACCACCUCAUCCGCAACAAGGAGCGUAGCCGCAUCGCCCUCAUGAUCGAGUCCGCCGAGGCUCGCGAGGUGCACCACAUGUGCGUGCUGCUCGGCUACGGUGCUGACGCCAUCUGCCCCUGGCUCGCCAUGGAGGCCAUCCUCAAGGUCUCCCGCGAGGGUCUCGUCAAGGCCGACCUCUCGGCCUCGCAGCUCAUCGACAACUGGAAGCACGCCGUCGACAACGGUAUCCUCAAGGUCAUGUCCAAGAUGGGUAUCUCCACCCUCGCCUCGUACAAGGGCGCCCAGAUCUUCGAGGCUCUCGGUCUCGCCAACAGCGUCGGCGCCCAGAUCUUCGAGGCUCUCGGUCUCGCCAACAGCGUCGUCGACCGCUGCUUCGCCGGUACCGCCUCGCGUGUCUCGGGUUCCGACUUCACCCUGCUCGCCAUGGAUGCGCUCGAGUUCCACGACCGCGGCUACCCGUCGCGUGACACCGUCUCCAUCCCUGGUCUGCCCGAGUCGGGUGAGUACCACUACCGUGACGGUGGUGAGGCCCACAUCAACGACCCCAUGGCCAUCGCCCACCUCCAGGAUGCCGCGCGCGAGAGAAACCAGUCGGCCUACGACUCCUACUCCAAGGCCUCGCACAACGCCGUCAAGGCCACCUCGCUCCGCGGUAUGCUCGAGUUCGACUACACCAAGUCGCGCGCCAUCCCCAUCGACCAGGUCGAGCCCUGGACCGAGAUCGUCCAGCGCUUCUGCACCGGUGCCAUGUCGUACGGCUCCAUCUCCAUGGAGGCUCACUCGGCUCUUGCCAUCGCCAUGAACCGUCUCGGCGGCAAGUCGAACACCGGUGAGGGUGGUGAGGACGCCGAGCGUUCCAUCCCUCUCCCCAACGGCGACUCGCUCCGCUCCAAGAUCAAGCAGAUCGCCUCGGGCCGUUUCGGUGUCACGAGCAACUACCUCGCCGACUCGGACGAGCUGCAGAUCAAGAUGGCUCAGGGUGCCAAGCCCGGUGAGGGUGGUGAGCUGCCCGGCCACAAGGUCUCGCCCUCGAUCGCCCGCACCCGUCACUCGACUGCCGGUGUCGGUCUGAUCUCGCCCCCUCCCCACCACGACAUUUACUCGAUCGAGGACCUCAAGCAGCUCAUCUACGAUCUCAAGUGUGCCAACCCGCGCGCCCGCGUCAGCGUCAAGCUCGUCUCCGAGGUUGGCGUCGGCAUCGUCGCCUCCGGUGUCGCCAAGGCCAAGGCCGACCACAUCCUCAUCUCCGGUCACGACGGUGGUACCGGUGCCUCGCGAUGGACCGGCAUCAAGUACGCCGGUCUGCCUUGGGAGCUCGGUCUCGCAGAGACCCAUCAGACGCUCGUCCUCAACGACCUCCGUGGCCGCGUCACCGUCCAGACCGACGGCCAGAUCCGCACCGGUCGCGACGUCGCCAUCGCCUGCCUCCUCGGCGCCGAAGAAUGGGGCUUCGCCACGACUCCUUUGAUCGCUCUCGGGUGCAUCAUGAUGAGAAAGUGCCAUUUGAACACCUGUCCUGUGGGCAUUGCUACGCAGGAUCCCGAGCUCCGCGAGAAGUUCGCCGGACAGCCCGAGGCUGUUAUCAACUUCUUCUACUAUCUCGCCGAGGAGCUUCGAUCGAUCAUGGCGAAGCUCGGACUCCGUACCAUCAACGAGAUGGUUGGUCGAUCCGACCUGCUCCGCGUCGACGACACCCUCCGUACCCCCAAGACCGCGAACCUCGACCUCUCGGCGCUCCUGAAGCCCGCUCACGAGAUGCGUCCUGGUGCGGCUACUUACAAGGUUCGUCAACAGGACCACAAGUUGUACGUCCGACUCGACAACAAGUUCAUCGAUGAGGCCGAGCCUGCCCUCACGCAAGGUCUUCCGGUGCAGAUUGACUGUGAGGUCGUCAACACCGACCGAGCCCUCGGUGCGACACUGUCGUACCGGGUGUCCAAGCUGUACGGCGAGGAGGGCCUUCCGCGUGACACCAUCCACAUCAACGCGAAGGGCUCCGCUGGUCAGUCGUUCGGUGCCUUCUUGGCUCCCGGUAUUACUCUCGAACUCGAGGGAGACAGCAACGACUACGUGGGCAAAGGCUUGUCUGGAGGCCGUUUGAUCGUGUAUCCGCCCAAGGUAUCGUCGUUUAAGGCCGAGGAGAACAUCAUCGUCGGCAACACGUGCCUUUACGGUGCGACCACCGGCCACGCUUACUUCCGCGGAAUUGCCGCGGAGCGCUUCGCCGUGCGUAACUCGGGAGCGCACGCCGUCGUCGAGGGUGUCGGCGACCACGGUGCCGAGUACAUGACUGGCGGCCGAGUUGUUAUCCUCGGACCGACUGGCCGCAACUUCGCCGCCGGUAUGUCGGGCGGAAUUGCGUACGUUCUCGACAUGAACCGCGAUUUCUCGAGCAAGUGCAAUACCGAGAUGGUCGAGCUGGGCCCUGUCAAGGACCCUCAGGAGAUUGCGGAGCUGCGCAACCUUAUCGAGAACCACCGCCACUACACCGGCUCUACGGUUGCCGACCACGUGCUGCACGACUUCCACCACCUCCUUCCUCGCUUCGUGCGCGUUAUGCCCUACGACUACAAGCGCGUUCUCGAGGAGGAGGCUGCCAAGGCCGCUGUCGAGAAGAAGCGUUCGAGCCACGUUGACCUGCUCGGCACCCUCUCGCGCCACGGCAGCCAGGUCGAUGUCUCGGUGUCCGAGGACCAGCCCAAGGACAACGCCGCCGACAACGUCCGCGAGGUGCCCGCUGCCAAGCCUGCUGAGCCUGCCGUUGUCGAUGUCGAGGACUCCAUGGUCGACGACGAGACUGCCAAGGCUAGGCUCAACAAGCUCGACAAGACGCGCGGCUUCAUGAAGUACAAGCGUCUGGGCGAGCACUACCGCACGCCUGCCAAGCGUGUCAAGGACUACAAGGAGCUCUCGACUCGUCUCAGCGAGGCCGAGCUCAAGUACCAGACGGCGCGAUGCAUGGACUGCGGUGUGCCCUUCUGCCAGGGUGACACUGGUUGUCCGAUCUCCAACAUCAUUCCCAAGUGGAACGACCUCGUCUUCAAGGGCCAGUGGGAGGAUGCGCUCAACCGUCUCCUCAUGACCAACAACUUCCCCGAGUUCACCGGUCGUGUCUGCCCGGCUCCUUGCGAGGGUGCUUGUGUGCUCGGCAUCACCGAGCAGCCCGUCGGCAUCAAGUCGGUCGAGUGCGCCAUCAUCGACAAGGGCUUCGAGGAGGGCUGGAUGGUGCCUCGCCCGCCCAAGAUCCGCACCGGCAAGACCGUCGCUGUCAUCGGCUCCGGUCCCGCUGGUAUGGCCUGUGCGGACCAGCUCAACAAGGCUGGCCACUCGGUCACCGUGUACGAGCGCGCCGACCGCAUCGGUGGUCUGCUCAUGUACGGUAUCCCCAACAUGAAGCUCGACAAGGGCAUCGUGCAGCGUCGUGUCGACCUCAUGGCCGCAGAGGGCAUCAACUUCGUCACCAGCACCUACGUUGGUCGCGACGUUGACCCCAAGCAGGUGCACGCGCAGAACGACGCCGUCGUCUACGCUGUCGGCGCCACCUGGCCGCGUGACCUCAAGGUGCCUGGCCGCGAGGCUGACGGCGUUCACUUCGCCAUGGACUUCCUCGCCCCCAACACCAAGUCGCUCCUCGACUCUGGUCUGCAGGACGGCCACUACCUCAGCGCCAAGGGCAAGGACGUCAUCGUCAUUGGUGGUGGUGACACUGGUUGCGACGCUCAGGCUACCGCGCUUCGUCACGGUGCCAAGAGCAUCGUCAACUUUGAGCUGCUGCCGCAGCCGCCCAACGAGCGUGCCAAGGGCAACCCCUGGCCGCAGUUCCCUCGUGUGUUCAAGGUGGACUACGGUCACGCCGAGGUGGCCGCCCAGUGGGGCAGCGACCCGCGCGAGUACUGCAUCUCGACCACCUCGUUCGAGAAGGACGCCGAGGGCAAGCUCGUGGCGCUCAACACGAUCAAGGUCAACUGGGAGCUUGACGCGUCCGGCAAGUGGCAGAUGAACAAGAUCCCUGGCUCCGAGAAGCGCUGGCCAUGCGAUCUCUGCCUGCUCUCGCUCGGAUUCCUGGGUCCCGAGAACGACGCCAUCUCGGCGCUCGGUCUCGAGCAGGACGGCCGAUCGAACAUCAAGGCCGACGACCAGAAGGGCAAGUCGCCCUACAAGACCAACGUCGAGCGUGUCUACACCGCCGGUGACUGCCGACGUGGUCAGUCGCUGAUUGUGUGGGGAAUCCAGGAGGGUCGUGCUUGUGCGGCUCAGGUCGACAGCGACCUCAUGGGCAACACCCGUCUCCCGUGGGCCGGCUCCAUCAAGAAGCGCGAGUUCCUCCCCAUCGCCGACAAGGCAAAGGCCAAGCUUGUCCGCUCGCACAGCUCGCCUGCUGAGCUCAGCUUGUUCGCACAGCGCGUUAGGGCUCCUCGUUCGCAUACGCGAAGCUGGCACACACACACUGAGCUCGACGCUCAACCCUGUCGUCCGUUCGAAUCUGGGGUUCGCUCAGCCUUGUCGUUUGCCGAGCUGCUUUGUUCGCAUGAUACCUUUGCUGAGCUCGCUCCGUGGUUCGCAGAUCUGUCGUUCGCUCGGCUCGUUAUCCUCCCAAUUGCACAGCUCCUCUUCCGCUCAGCUCCUCGUCCGCUCGACUCUGCUUUAACGCUCAAAUUUGUCGUCUGCUUCGCUCUGUCGUCCGCACAACUCUGUCGUGCGCUUCACUCCGUCGUCCACUUCACUCUGUCUGUCGUCCGCUCGGCUUCGUCUUCCGCUCAGCUCCUGACUCGCUCAACUCUCUGUUCGCUCAAUGUUUCGCAGAGAUCCUCGUUUGCAGAUCCAUCGCUCGCAGCUCAGAUCGAUUGCGCAGUGCAGCUCAUCUGCUCGGUUCGCGAAGUCGUUCCUCAAUACCGCCGUUCGCAGAUCUCGUCCACACAACCUCUGUGCUCAAAUGACUCGCUCAACUCGUUCGCUCUAAGAGCUUGGAGCAAACAAGGCGACGCGCACGCACCGCGACCCUCUGAAAUGAUUCGAUGUAUGGUGACAUUCUAUUCCUUCACCAUGAGUAUCGAGCAUCUGGUGAGAUUUUGA